AUGUAUUGGCAUGCGCGGUCCGACCACCGGGGGUCGGUCGAUUUCGCCAUGUCUCGGCACCAGGUGCCCAUGGGGCACGCCUUCACCGCCAAGGGCUUCGCCCACGAGGACGAGAAGGCGCAGUGGGGCGUCUACGACGGCUGCGGAUCCCGGUGCGAGGACGACGACGACAGGUGGUGCGGCUGCGCCAACGAGGACAGCAGGGGCCUCGGCAACGCGAACUGCCCCACCGAGGGCGAGAAGAGAUUCGCGGUGUACAAGAUCGCGAACGCGCCCCCCGCGGCCGACGCCAACGCGUCCGCGGGGCCGCCGGGCGAGGAGGCGGCGGGGCCGCCGGUCUCGGCCCAGGGGCGCCCCUACUGGCAGCUGGCGGGCGGCAAGGACGGCGGCGAGGCCUCCAUCGAGAUCGUGGUGCCGAAGGGGCAGGUCGCCAAGGCGAACGGGCGGGAGGUGCUCCUCUACAGCGACGAGAGCGACGCGGCGCCGGCGGCCGCGGGCGAGGGCGGCGAGGGCGGCGAGGGCGGCGAGGGCGCUGCGGCGCAGGCCACCACGGCGGCCCCGCCAGCGGCCCCCAGCGUGGGGAAGAUGAGGCUGCCCGUGGGCGUGUCGCCAGAUGCGUGCGAGUACGACCUCACGCGCCAGACCGAGGGCGGCGCGCAGGUUCUGAAGUGCAAGCUGCAGACCGACGUCGUCAAGAAGCUGCCCAUCAGGGUGGUGGACGAGCUCUGA